CUUGCGAAGUGCUUUUGGAGAGUGGGGUUAUUGAGCUGGGAGAAGGAAGAGUGUUAACGGUCGGAAUUUUGGUAUUUGUAGAAUGAGUACAAUGACAGUUGGUGAAAAGAGAAUUAAACAUAUUGAUGAUUCCCUUCAAAAAGCAAGUAUCAUACUUGUUGAUAUUGAAGGUACAACAACAUCCAUCAGUUUUGUUAAGGAUAUACUGUUCCCAUAUAUCCGGAGCAAUUUAAAAUCGUACUUGAAGGCUCACUGGAAUGAUUCUGAAUUUAAAGAGGAUUUGGUAUUACUAAGGGAACAGGCGAAACAGGAUGAAGCUGACAAAAUGGCUGGUGUUGUUCUAAUUCCUGAAGACGAUGGAGAAAAUGCAAUUGAAGCUGUGGCAAAGAAUGUUUUGUGGCAGAUGGACUCGGACAGGAAGACCAAGGCCCUGAAGCAGCUUCAAGGUCAUAUAAUGCGCGAGGGUUACAAAAAUGGGAAAUUGAAAGGACAUGUCUUUUCUGAUGUGGCGCCUGCUCUGAAGUCGUGGGCACAUAAUGGGCGACAAGUCUAUAUCUAUUCCUCUGGUAGCGUUGAGGCUCAGAAACUGCUUUUUGGACACUCAGAAGAAGGAGAUCUUCUUGAGCUUUUUGCAGGACAUUUUGAUACCGGAGUUGGCCCCAAAGUUGAGUCGAGCAGCUACAUGAAUAUAGUCAAGAACCUAGAAUGUAAGAGUGAAGAUAUUGUGUUCCUAACUGAUGUUCCGAGAGAAGCAAAGGCCGCUCAAGAAGCCGGGCUGAAAGCGGUUCUCGUGGUUCGAGAAGGCAACGAACCUCUCACGGAAGAAGAUCAGGUGAAUUUUCCAGUGAUCAAAUCUUUUCAUGACUUUGUUUUUGAAGUCUCUGCUAAGAGGAAGAAAAUGUCUACCAGUGACGAACCACUUGAAAUAGUUGAGUCAACCGCAAAUGGACCUGUACCCGAGACAACAGGCAGCUCUAGUGACAAAAUAAAGGCUGACGCUGCAAAGAAGAAUGAAGUAGCCGCUACGGAAUCGGCAGGUUCCGGGAACGUCGAAGGUUGCUCCGAAGACGUCGAAAUGACGGACGUAAGCAAUAAUGAUGCUCAAGAGAAUAAUGUUAAGACUGAUGAAAUGGAAGUAGAAUCUCAUACCACUGGCGGGACAGUGGCAGUCGAAGAUUGUGGUCCAAAGGGAUCUGAGAAAGCUGACGCUGAAGUAAAGACUGAGCUGGCAUCUGGUGACUUGGAAGUCUCCAAAACAGAUUCUCCAGCGCAUGAAUCAAAAACUGGCAUGGAGAAAGAGUCUCGAGAACCGCGCUCAGAGACUGAUGAAGUAAAAUGUUCGAAGGUAGAAAUUGAUGAGAAGAAACCGAAAGGAGAGGUGUCAAAAACCACUGGAGUUGACGUUAAGGGAAUAUCAGUCAGUACACAAGAUACAAAGACUGAUUCCGAAGUUCCAAAAAGUGAUUCCGGAGAUGGAAAGGCUGGUUCAGGGCGCUCGGAAGGUAAUUUAGCGUGUACAGAAUCUGGUUCUUCAAAAGUUGCAUCUGGAGAACAAGAAACAGGUUUAGGAGAUGCAAAAACCAGUUCUGUCGAUGAAGGAGCCGCAAAAGCCAAUUCUGAUAACGCGAAAGCAGGUUGUAAUGUCGCAAAAGUUGAUACACGAGAUACAAAUGUUGAUUCAAGAGUGGCGGAAAAGGAAAUGUCACAGACUGAGAAGAAAAUGGAAACGGAAAUUGAAAAUGACGGUGUCGAUGCAGGCGAUACGAAGGGUACGGAUAAAGUAGGCACAGACGCCGUGGCCGUUGAAGAGAAGGAUCAAGUUAUGGGUGCGAUGAAAACAGAAUCUUCAACAAAAGUUGAAAAGAAAGAUGGUACGUGUGUAAAAAAAGUGGAUGCAGAAUCUGGAGAGACUACGAAGGUGAAAGAGGAAGGAGAGAAUAUUGAAACUUCUGAAGCUUCAGCUGUUAAUAAAGGAAGUGAAGUUACCAAAUUAGAAUCUGAAAUUACUUUUCAUAAGGCAUCUGAUAAACAGUCUGUAGAUUUGUCUCCGUCUCAGACUGAAAGUAAUGAAUCUGCUUCUGGGAAAAAUAAAUCGACAGAAAUUGCUGACGCAGAACCUUCUCGAUCCACCGCUGAAUCAGACGCAAAGUUGGGAACUGCUGAUGCUAGUCUUGAAGAAUCAAGUACAAAAGUAAGUCCUAAACAACCAAGUACCGUGAAUGAAAUGUUACAGGGUGUCUGUAAGUUGUCAGAAACUCCCUCAAAGGCGCAACUGCCUGCCAUUCCUAAAAUUGUUAUUGAUACCUGCGCAGAAAACGAGGGUGAGAAUACAGAUGAAGAUGUUAAGAAUGAAAAGGAGAAAGGUGGUGAUGAAUCCAAAACAGCAGAGGAUACCACCAAGGAAAAUGGGUUAGCUUCCACUGCUGAGAAUGGCAAAGAUGAUAUUUCUGAAGGAAAUAAUGAGGUGGAAGAUAAGGAACAGGAUGUUAAAGUAAAGAAAUUAUCUGUUGACAGCUCAGGCAACACUGACAAGAGCAAGGAUGAUGAUAUUUCUCCCGUGGCGGCUGCAGCGAGCUCUUAACUCCCGUUUGGAAAUUAUUCUAGUCUUGACACCAACUGCAAGACACGAUGUUCCUUUUCUAUUGUUUUACUGUAUCCAUUUUAACUAUUGUUUUUAUGUUUUGUAUUUGUUAUUUAUAUGAUGUGUAUUUCAUUCGUGCCAAAUUGAUAUUACAGAUACUGUCAAAAAUUAUCUUUGUUUCCUUCAUGAUAAGACUGAUUCAGUAUUGUGUACGUACCUGACGUGCGAUGCAGCAUCUUCUGCGACCAGUUGUUCUUCAUUCUCUUGGUAUCUUGGCAUUUUAUUUGCAGAGCUAAGGUUACGCUGCUGAUGGGUUGUGCUUAAUUGUAAUUAAUUUACUGGGACUGAACUGUCUUCCAGAGGGAAUAUGUGGUUUUCCGCAAAGUCUAGUUUGAAGUCGAAGGAAGAUUCUGUAUACAUCGAUAAACGACCAUAAGUCUUGCAUGGGAAAUGGCUGGAAUACAUCCGCACGUAAUUUAUAAUUUAACGUGAUGUUCAAUCCAUUCCAUGAUAUGUUUUAUAUUUAUAUAACCUUUUAUUAUUAAAAGUUGCUUGUAAUGUUUUGGUCUCAUUGCAUUCAUUGUAUUUCGAAUGUACUUGGUUUUGAGACUAAGGAGUGCUCAUUGUAUUUUUGGUACUAGGAAUACAUCUUUUUAAAACUUGCCUUUA